AUGGACGACCACCGCGAUAACGGUCCAAAAUACGGCACGGCGAAGCGGGAGCCACACGCUCCCAACAAAUCGGGGGUAAUCGAGAGAGAUUUCGCGGCGGAAAUGACGACGACGACGAUGGCGCUGUCGCCAACGCCGUCACAGGUGAAGCUAAAGAGGGAGCUGUGGAAGAGGUACAGGUUCCGUGACAGCGAUGACGACGACGAAGAAGAAGGAGGAGGAGGAGGAGAUGGUGACUACAACCCAACCGACGACAGCGACGGCGACAUCGACAACGACGGCGGCGAACCGACCUCACUACGCCCCCAAGCCACGACGGCCACCACCACCACCACCACCACCCCGACGUCCCCUCCACCCGCCGCAAACCCGUCACCAUCGCCCCGCCCCGCCGCCCCUACUACCGACACCGAAAAUCCCUACCUCCCCCGUCUCCCAAACCACCACCACCGCCACCAUCGCUUCCACCCCAACAUUUGGCCACCGCCGCCGCCGCCACCGUUGCCUUUGCGCAAGCGUAACGAUGGCGAUGGCGAUGGCGAUGGCUAUAACAAUGGCGGCGGCGUCAACAGCAGCAACAGCAGCAACAGCGGCGGCGGCGGCGGCGGCGGCUGA